AUGGACAGGGACGGGUGUGUCUGGGAGAGCCUGGGGGAUUUCGUCUCGGGUCCCCUUGUCACAUGGGUGCGGACGCUGGAGAAUCUGGUGCCCCUGGGGUGGGUGGAGGACGAGCCCCAAAGUCCCAGUGCCCCAGACAGACAGGCAAGGGCCCGGGAGUAUUUCCUGCACCUGGCAGAUGGAGCCUUCCUCACCCAAGUCAUGGGGCUGAUAGACCCAACCCCGUGGCGUGCCCGGCCACCCCAGAGCCAGCGGGGCGACGAGAGGCUGCGACUCCAGACCCUGCACACCCUGCUGCAGCAGCUUCGCGCUUUCUACCAGGAUGAUUUGCAGCAGCUGAUUCUAAUGACUCCCCCUAAUGUGCAGCUUCUCGCCAGAGACCCCCUGACAGAGCAGGGCAUCAACGAGAUGCGGAAGCUGCUGCUGCUGCUGCUGGGGGCUGCUGUGCAGUGUGAGCGGAAGGCGGAGGUCAUUGAACGGAUCCAGGGGCUGGACAUCGAGACCCAGACUGCGUUGGCCGGUGCCAUCCAGGAGGUGACACAGGACCCAGGGGUGGUGCUGAGCCUGCAGUGGGGGGCACUGGCUGAGCUGCACCCCCUGGAGCUGACACGGGUCCUGCAGGAGCUGUCCUCCCGGCUGCGGGGCCUGGUGCAGGAGCGGGAUGCGAGUGCGGAGAGGCUGUGGGAGCUGCAGCAGGAGCGGGAGGUGUCGUCCCCCCAUGGCCCGCUGUCCCCCGAGGGGGCCUGGGACAAUCGCCAGCACCUCGGGGUGCAACUGGCUGACGCCCGGGGCCAGGCCCGGCGCCUGCGCCAGGAACUGGAGGAGAAAUCUGAGGAGCUGCUGGAUCAGCGCCAGGAGCUGCAGGAGCUGGAGGCCGAGUUGAGGAGGCUGCGACAAGAGCACCGGGCGGUGGCGGGCGAGGCGCGCUUGGCGGGGCUGUACCGGGAUGAGCUGGAUGCCAUGCGGGAGAAGGCGGCCCGGGCUGAGCGCCUGCAGGGAGAGCUCUCGGCCCUGAGGGAGCGACUGCCCGCGCUGGAGCGGUGCCGGGGCAGGCUGGAGGAGGAGCGGGCCUUCUCCCAGGCCUUGCUGGACAGCAAGGCCCAGUUGGAGGGGCAGCUGGAAUCCGCCCGCGCCCGGGCCCAGCACCUGCCCCAGCUCGAGAAGGAGAAUCUGCUGCUGCGGAGCCAAUUAGAGCAAGUUGAAGAGGAGCGGGAGCGGGAGCGUCAGCGGCUGGAGGAGCUGCAGCAGGAGAAGGUGUUGCUGGAGGGGGAGCUGAGGCAGAAUUUGGGGGAGUCCCAGCACCUAUCCUGGGAAGAGGAGCAGGAGCCCAAUGAGGCUCCCAAUGACCCUGCUGAGACUCCCAAGUCCCUGAGCUAUGAGGUGACCGAGGUGACGUCCAGCCGCCUGCUAGCACUGGAGCGGGAGAACCAGGAGCUGCGCCGGAGGCUGCAGGAGGCACUAGAGGCCCCGGGAGAACCCAGGAGUCCAGGCCUUGAGCAGAAGAAUAAGGCCCUCAGCAAAGAGGUGCAGCGGCUGGGGGCAGAGCUGGAAGCCCAGCGGGCCCGGAGCUGCCAGGAGCGGGAGGAGCUGAGCGCCGCCCUGCUGGGGGAGAAGGAGCAGCUGGAGCGGGAGCUGCGCAGCUUGCAGGAGCAGCGGCACUGCGAGGAGUCUCUGCAGAGCCAGGGGGACCCAGGCACCUGGGCCCAGGAGCAACAGGAGGCACUGGCAGAGAGUGGGCGCCGGCUGUGCCAGGUGGAGGAGCGGGCAUCCAGCCUGCAGGAGGCAUUGCGCCGGCUGGAGGCCACUCACGCCAAGGCCCUGGAGGGGCUGACGGCCUCCCAGGAGGCCCGGGGGCGCCUGGAGCAGGAGCUGCUGAGACUGCGGCAGGAGCUGGAGCAGCAGCGCCUGGAGGCCCUGCUGCUGGGGCAGCUGGAGGCUGAGGCCCAGGCGCUGGAGAAGGAGCGAGAGGCGCUGCGGGCGGAGUUGAGCCAAGCCGAGCAGGAGCUGGCGGAGGCCCGGGACAGUCUGGAGGCAGAGCGGCAGCGGACUGGGCGCCAGGCUGAACAGGCGCGGGAGGCCGCGGAGGAGUUACGGGCGUCCGAGCGCGAGCUGGGCACCCUGCAGCGUGGGCUGGAGCAACACAAGGCGGCCCUGACCCAGCUGGAGGGCGAGCGAGGGGCGCUGGAGGCGGUGUUGAGCCAGGCUGAGAGAGAGCGCCGGGCGCUGGACAAGGAGACCCGGCGUCUGCGGGCCCAGACCCAGGCCCAAGAGGAAGCACUGGCAGAACAGGGCCGCCGGGCCGCCCAGCUGGAGGCCCAGAGCCGGCUGCAGGCGCUGGAGUUGGGCGGGCUGAGAGAGACAGCGCAGCGGCUGCGGGAGCUGGAGCAGGAGAGCAAGGGGCUGCGGGAGCAGCUGGCAGCCGAGCGCAAGGCCUCAGCCACUCUGCGGGAGGAGCUGCUGAGCGAGAAGGUGAAGGGACAGGAGCGGGAGGCUGACCUGGUGCGGCUGCGGGAGCAGCUGGAGCGGCGGGAGGAGGAGCAGCGCCUCCUGGAGGAGCAGCAGGGCACCCAGCAGAGCCAAUACCAGAGCCUGGAACAGCGGCUGGAGUUGUCCUUCAGAGAGAUGCUGGCUCUGAAGGAGGAGAAGAUCGGCGCCCUCCGCAGCCAGGUGGAGGAACUGCUCGUCCUCAAUCAGCACCUGGGGAAAGAGCUGCGCCAGGUGAAGAGCAGCCCUGGGGCCCCCCUACCCGAAGUGCCAGGGGCCGUGGAGCAGGGCCAGGGGAACCCCGAGCCGGCGCUGGGGCUUCGGGCUGAGCCGGAGAGCGACACCCUGAGCAAGCAUCUCAUCGAGGUGGAGCGCAGCAACGCGGCACUGCUGGCAGAGAAAGAGGCUCUGAUGGGGCGGCUGGGGCAGCUGGAGUCGCAGCUGGGCGCCCUGCAGGGGGAGCUGCUGAGCCUGCAGGGGCAGAGCGGAGGCCUGCGGGAGGAGAGUGGGCGACUGCAGGCCCAGUGUGGGGCCCUCCAGGUGGAGCAGGCGGCGUUGCUUUCCCAGAAGGCAGCACUGGAGGCCCAGGCGUCGGAGCUGCGGGAGCGACUGGCAGGGCUGGAGGCUGAGGUGCGGGUGGCCCGGCAGGAGCGGGAUGAGUGGCGCGGGCGCCAUGAAGGGCUGGUGCGCAACCAUGACAAACUGGCACUGCUGCACGAGCGCCAGGGCGCUGAGCUGGAGGGGCUGCUGGGCAAGCAGGCCGGCCUCAAGGGGGCACUGCGGGCACUGGAGCAGGAGCACCGAGAGCUGCAGGACAGGCACAGCCAUCUGGUGGCACAGCAGGCCGGGCUGGAGCAGCGGGAGGCAGCCCUUCGGGGGGAGCGGGAGCGGCUGGAGGGGGCUGAGCGGGAACACCGGCAGCUGGGGGAGCAGCACGCCCGGCUGCAGGACGAGCAUGCACGAGUGCAGGUGGCACUGGCUGCGGCCGAGAGAGCGCAGGAGCAGCAGCAAGGGGAGCUGCGGGGCCUGCGGGGCCGGCUGACGGGACUGCAGCUGGAGCAGGCGCGGCUGGAGGCUGAGGGCACCGCCCUGCGGGAGCAGAACCACCAGCUGGAGGUGGCGCUGGGCCGGAUCGGAGACCAGUGUGAGCUCCUGGCCCAGCUGAAGGGGAACCAGGAGGAGGAGAACCGACACCUGCUGCAGGAGAUCCAGAAACUGAGCCAGGAGAACCGCAGCCUGCUGGAGCGCAGCAUGGAGAGCCGGGAGCAGUACCACUCGGAGCAGCGCCAGCACCUGGAUAAGCUGAAUGAGCUGCGCCGGGAGAAACAGAAGCUGGUGGAGAAGAUAAUGGACCAGUACCGGGUGCUGGAGCCAGCGCUGCCUAAGAGCAAGAAGAGCAGCAACUGGAUCGCGGACAAGAUGAAGAAGCUGAUGAAGCCGCGGCGUGAGCCCUCCCGGGAACAGCAGCGCCCCCUGGCGCAGGGGGCCAAUAGCAUUGAGAACCUGCCGGGACUUGGGCAGGAUGGGCGCGCACCUGAUGGGGACUCCAGCGCCCCUGCCUCGCCUGUGCCCCUGCGCAAGGCCAGCAGCGUGCUGAGCCUGCCCGACACCCAGCGGGUGCACCUGCGGCUAAACCGGCGCAAGCUGAGCUCCCGCGUCCUGGUCAGCGAGUCCUUCGGGCCUGGGGACGCCACCCCCCGGCAGCGCUUCCGCCAGCGCCAGCGCCCCCUUGCCUUCCUGGGGGGCUCCCGUGAGGAGGCCGCUGCCCCCUGGGAGGCCCAGGAAGGGCAGAGACUCCCCAGUGCUGGCAGCGAGGAGGGAGGGCUACCGCAAGGGAAGGAGAAGGCACCGCUCACGCCCCAGCUCAGUCAGUGA